AUGCAGACAGAGGACGCCAGACAGCAGCGUGCUCAUGUCGAGUCAGGGGAUCUGGGUAAAGUCAUAUAUAUGCAUGAACACGAGGAUAGUAAAGGUGGCGUGAUACCGGAGCUUGACUCGCACGAAGCCACACCAGCAAACCCGACGCCGGUUACAUCUCGGUUCUCACCCUGGCAUGCCUGUGGCAAGGACUACAGCUCAUACUCAAAGGGGAUGAAUAAUAUGGCCGAUCUCUAUCUUGCUGGGGUGACCUGUCGUCUGGCACCUGGGGAUGAGGAUAUAGACUCCACGUUGGAUCAAUGGAAGGCAACAUUUGGAAUCGCAGGAAGUCGUGAUUACGUGCAAUUCACGAAUGUGAGUAUGCGCUUCUUACCUGGCAUGGAAGGACAAAGCGCGGGACUCAUGGAUAUUACCAUAGCUGUGCAGGGGGAGGAAAGGCUAAAAGAAACAUUCGAUAGAGCUAGAGAGCUCAACGUCCUGUCGGGAGACGGAUGGGUUGACAUGCUUGGAGUUAGGUGGCGGUUUGUCAAGAAGAGGAUGGGAGCAAACUGUAACUAG